CCCCGUCACGUGCUCGCGGCGUCGCGUCACACCCGGAAGCGGCAGCUGAAGCAGAGUCGGGAGCAAUGAGCGGGGAGCCGGGGCCGACGUCUGAAGCGCCCCCUCCCGGGGAAAUUGAACCGGGUAGUGGGGUACGCAUCGUGGUGGAGUACUGUGAACCCUGCGGUUUUGAGGCGACCUACCUGGAGCUGGCGAGUGCCGUGAAGGAGCAGUACCCCGGCAUUGAGAUCGAGUCGCGCCUGGGGGGCACAGGUGCCUUUGAGAUCGAAAUCAAUGGACAGCUGGUGUUCUCCAAGCUGGAAAAUGGGGGCUUCCCUUAUGAGAAAGAUCUCAUUGAGGCCAUCCGAAGAGCCAGUAAUGGAGAACCCCUAGAAAAGAUCACCAACAGCCGUCCUCCAUGCGUCAUCCUGUAACUACACGUGAUUCUGGGUUCCUGCUCAGUUUUGGGACCCAAGCCAUGGUCUCCUGUCUGGUCCUGCUGAGGGCUCCCCACUGCCUCUUUCCCCUCACCUGGGUCCUGGUAAGCUAAAAGACUCUGGCCUCCACUUUGUCCCUUUGGAUACCAAGAGGGAAUAGAAGCUGCGGUGGUCUUGGGGAUGGGAGAGAGACCUUCUCCAUGGACAUUUCCACAGCCGCCUUAUACCCCCUUCCCAGGAUCAGCGCCCAAGUCUGCUCCCCACUCCAGCUCAGCUGUACCGGUCAAAUGCCACCACGGUUCUAACUCUUACCUUCCACUAGCCCUGGGCAAUGUCAGCUAUUGGAAAUAAAGUGGUACUGCAAACCCCUGUA